UAAUCAUAUAAUUGUUAACUAUGCAGUGUUCGAUAUGUCAGAUAAAUCCUCUGAAGUAUACGUGUCCUGCGUGUGAGGCCAAGACGUGUUCUUUGAAUUGUAUUCGUCAACAUAAGAAAGAUGCCAAUUGUACUGGUACAGUUGAUCAAACCAAAUUUCUUGCCAAAAAGACACUUUCAUCCGAUGAUGCUCAUAUCAAUCGAGACUAUAACUUCCUUUUACAAGUGGGAAGAAAGAUACACGUAGGGAAAGAUGACGUGAAAUCUAAUGCUCGUAAUGUUUUCAAACGUCAAUUUAGAAACGGUAGUAAUAAUAAUAAUAAUGGAUCAAAUAAUAAGAGACAGAAGCCACAGACUCCAUCGGUAGAUCCAAGGACUUUCCUUGUUAAUAAGGUAUUCCCCAACGAACCGACUACUGCAGUCAAACGUCACAAUACAUUGGUGGUACAACUUCCACCGGGAAUGUCUAGAGCAGCUUCCAACAAAUCUGGAUAUGAUAAGAAGAUGGGGUCAUUCAUUUGGACAAUUGAAUGGGUAUAUAUAGACAAUUCUGGAGAGGAAACCACUAGAUUCUUGAGUUAUAGAUUGAAAGAAGGAUUAUUGUUGAGAGAAGCUGUUCCAUUGAACAUAUUAAAUAAGGCAACCAGUACCAGUGAGAAUUGCGAUAAAUCAGUUGAUAUUGAUCGUAAUGAAUUAAGAUUUUAUUUAGAUAAUGUGUUGGAUAAGGGUAAGAGGAAAACAUCAAAGUCUAUUUUAAAACUUCGAGCUGAUGUAUCAAUUUCAGAAGCACUUACUGAUAUGGUUGUUCUAGAAUUCCCAACCAUAUAUGUGACAAGAAAUGAAGAAACUUGGAAAGAAUUUGUUUCUGAAAAUCAAUUGGAACAAGACCAUAGUGAAGAUGAUCUGAGUAGUGAGAGUGAGAGUGCAACUGAUAGUAGCAGUGAUGAUAGUAGUAGUGAAGAAAGUGAGAGUGAAGAUGAAGGACCAGAAGUUGAAUCGACAAAGGAACUGGAUUUUGUUCCUCAAGUUGUCAUUGAUACAAAUAUAAUAAACAAAGAAGAUUCUUCCAAGGAGGUCAAUGGUGAACUAGCUCAAGUAGAUGUCGAUGGGUUGGAAAAGGAGACAAUUGUACUGGUCAAUGAGAUUGAAGAAACUUCUGAGAUGCAAAAUAAUGAGAAGGUUGAUGAAGUAGAAAUAUAGACAAAAAAAUUAGAAGGAGU